UAACCCCUCUUCCCCACUUGCUUCCACCCACAGCAAUACCAACUGCAGAAAGUUAGUAGAGCUCCUUUCGUUAUUUUUUUUUUUCGUUGUCUUUGGUGUUGUUUGCUUAAGUCGUCGAGCACAUAGCUGUCGGUCGGGCACGGGGUUGGCGGGUUGAGUGCGUGACAGUUGCGGUCGGAAGGUUUGAUUAUGGCAGGAGUAAUGGCAGCGGGAGAAGAAAGGAAGGAGAGGAGGAUACUGGUGGCGGUGGACGACAGUGAGGAGAGCAUGUACGCUCUCUCGUGGUGCCUCGCCAACGUCGUCUCCGAGAACCCGGCCAACAUCUCCAAAGACACCGUCAUCCUCCUGUAUGCAAAGCCUCGUCCUGCUGUUUACACUGCCAUGGAUGGCACCGUGCUGGCAGGGUACUCGUUCUCGUCUGACAUAGUGGCGAUGACGGAGAGGUACAACAACAGAGUGGCCGACUCUGUGAUGGAGAAGGCCAAGAGGAUGUGCGAGGAAUUCAGCGAUGUUAAGGUAGAGACGAGGGUGGAGAACGGGGACGCGAGGGAUGUGAUCUGUCAGGUCGCGGAGAAGCUCGAUCCCGACGUGCUGGUCAUGGGGAGCCAUGGCUAUGGCAUCAUCAAGAGGGCUUUGCUGGGGAGCGUGAGCUAUUACUGUGCACAGAAUGUCAAGUGUCCUGUGCUGGUCGUGAAGAAGCCCAAAUCCUCUGUUAGUAACUGAUGCUGUCUUACAUUUCCUCUAUAUUUCUCGAUUUCUUUGCCCCCUUAUCUUUCUAAUAGUUUUUGUAAAUUUUAUCCGGUAAAUAUCUUGCAUGAUGCAAGUGCUUCAUGUUUGUACAAUGAAUGUUUCUAGUGGAGAUUUCUACUACA